GUGUCACCUGAGCCGUUAUUAACACUGUACGGACACAAAGCUAGAGUCUGGGAUUGUCUUAUCUUAAAGCAACAUAUUGUCAGUAUAGGUGAAGACUCCAUGUGCUUGCUUUGGAAUUCUGAUGGAGAAAUAAUUCGAUCAUGGAAAGGACACAUUGGUAAGUAAAUAUUAACUUAUUAGUAAUAGCAUGGUUUCGAGUGCAAUUUGGAUAUAACAUGCACGAUAACAUACACUCGUGAGUUUUUCAAAGACCUCAAUUCUCAAAUAGCAUGAGUGCAAGUUUAUCCAAAUUUCAUGAGACACCAUGCAAUUACUUAUAAUGAUUUACAUAUAAUUAUUCGAGACAAUCAAACUUGAACUUGACCAAGUGUGGGAAUCUUUCCGCACCACUAAAUGCGGUCAUGUUUGAUUUGAAAAAAGAAUCAUAGUGAUUGCAGAAAAUUGCACUGUGAAUAUAGAAAAUUCCACUGUGAUACAGAAAAUUGCACUGUGAUUACAGAUUUUUGCACUGCUGUUUGGUAUAAACUGCACUGAAAUCAAGUAAUAUACUUUUAUGUAUGAAGAAAUUGUUGAGAGGAAAAUGUAAGAGAAAAAUGUUGAGCAAUUAUUUCCAUGUUAAUUAUAAUGCAUCUUGCAUAUUUUAGUGUACAAGCAUUGGAAUCAUAUUUAGGUUACUACAUUACUUAUGAGUUAUAUAAUAUUAUGCUGUCAUUUCCUAAACAAGAUGGCGGAUGACAGAAUAUAUAUUUGGUUGACAGUCCAGAACAACGCUACGAACAACAACAAAAACAGCAACAACUACUACUGCAUGAUGUUAUUACUACAUGAUGCUACUACUAAUAACUAGUCAGAUUUCACCACUCUUUGUAAUGCGUUCGAGGAUGUGACUCCAUAGUAGUAUAACAUAGACAUAGACAUAGACAUAUAGGCAAACUCUAUCUUAAGAUUUAAAGUUUGUUCGUUCACUGCAACCAGGUAUAUCAAUCAUGUUUCGCUCGCUACUCUGGUUUAAAUAUAUGAUUACAAAGCCCAGUCGAAUUGUAAUCAAGACCCAACGUUUCGACACUCCAGUUUAGUGUUUUCAUCAGGGGUGAUCUAAAGAUGCAAUCGUGGCUUCUUAAAUACCCAAGGGAUGACGUCACCUGCCAAUGAGAUACAUGUAUUCCUCUGGAAAAUAGGCACCGUCAUCCUUAUUCAACGCAUGAUUACUCAUAUUUAUAUGCCACGCUUCUAGGCAAAGUGCCAUAGCGAUUGUUUGUGGUAAUUACUUUAGAGUUUCCCCAGUUGAGAGGUUUUCUUGCUAAUUUGUCUUAAUGUUCUUUGGAGAUCGAGCAAUAUUUUUUCUUAGGCAUGUUUUGCUGAAACAUGACUGCUGAUGAAGAGUAUAAACUUUAAAUUAUCCCUUGCCGUGUUGAAGAGCAGCUUGUCUCAUUCUUUUAUUUUGUAACAGGUAAAAGCAUCUGGUCUUUGGCUUGUCGAUCGGAUGAGCACAUGAUUGCAACAGGCGGUGGGGACAGCGCUAUCCGUCUUUGGCUAGUUAAGAAUGAGAUUGAAAAUACAAAAGAAGAACAACAUUUGCUUUCAUCUAUUCCCUCACAACAGGAAAUAACUCCACAAAUAGGAGAACAGAUACCUCGUAUGAUUGGACUACUUCAUGACACUAGUGUCCUUGUGAUGACGGAUAAAGGGUAAGUAAUUAAAUGUAAUAAUUUUACGGCAACUGCAGGUACAAUGUCAGAUAUGUUUCGCUACUCUGGUUUAAGGUGGCCCUCUACCGUUAUUUUACAACAAGAUUGGUCAACGUCAUUUUUCCUUCGUCGAAGGAAAUACCAUAACAAAACAAAACACUUAAUGUAUGUUCCGUCAGGAAGUAGUUGUGUUUUCCCUCGAUUCUCAAUAUUUCCCAAACUAGCUAUUUUCCUCGGGAGCAGACAUUAGGUGUAUGAUAUCCACAAGACUGCCUGUUCUUAUUUGUGUAAACAGACGUGUCACUGACUUUUUUAAUUUUCAGGAACUUAUACCGUUUCCAGUGGUACCAGAAUGAAUCUGAUGCUUCUGGAAAAUGGAGUCUUAUUCGGCAUGAACCAGAAUACUCAUCCUACAGUAUAAUGGCACUGUCGGAUUGUCGAACAAUCGUUGCCUUGGGUAACAUCAGUGGCAGUAUAAAACUCGUUUCUUUAACGGGUACGUAUAGUUCUUAAUGUACAGUACGUAUGUGUUUUUACAGUACAUGUUCUGUACGUUUGUGUUUUUACAUGUAUGUUCCGUUUUCUUUAAAUCAUAAUAAUGUUGUCUUCGCUCUGAACAACUUUCCACUUAGGAUGCACCCACAGUAUAUCCAAUCUUUUAAGUUUCCAGUUGAUUGUAAAAUUAGUAGAGAUGUGCCGAUUUGAAGGCCGAUAAUGCCACUAAUAUUUCAUAACUAAGUUAUUUUUCCCCUUUUUGCUUAUAUUUUAGACAGAAGGGACCUACAUAUAUUACUGGAGGGGCAACAUGGGGGCUACGUGCAGAACGUGUAUGGCGACCAGGUUAUAUGUUAAAAAGCGCCCCUCAAUAUUGCGUUUCCCAAACGAAGUUUUACAUCGCUUCGUAUUCGCUGUAUGAGAGUUUAUUAGUCUGUUUGUUCGGAAUCGUAAGCCUUGCUAUUUAUUCAAAAAUAUCUUCGCGCUUGUAGUGCACUUGUUUUGCGCAUGCUUUAGAGCACCGUAUUGUAGUACUGGUUACAAUAUUUUUAUUCUGUUCAUUGUUUUGUGUCUAGAUAUCGCAUGGCGUUCACUUGAGAACAAACCUUACGCGGACAAAGUUCUUAGUCUUCACUGGUUAAAAGGCGAACAUGACAGUUUCUUCAAUUUGUUUUCAUGUGGACUGGAAGGCUUAGUUAUAUGGUGGACGGUUCAAUGCCUUAAAACUAGUCAAAGUUUUAGCUGCGAAGUAAAGGCAAACUUUCGUUUACCGUAUUGCCGGCAGAGAUGGCCAAACUCUGUAUACUUAGUCACUCGUGAUAUUAUCUGCACUGAACCGAAUGCAUCGCUUGUGCUGUGUGGCGAUCGUAGAGGUUCACUGCAUGUUUUUAAAGAUAUUGCAGAAAAUGAGGUAAGAAAUUUAGCAGGGAUGGAUCCAACUUGAGCUUAAUGGGUGGUAAUGUGCGGUUAGUGUAUCAUGGAGCGAGGGAUGUAUCGUCAUUGACACUAUGGUAGUUGCAGUAUUGCAACCACGGGCUUUACGACCAAUUCAAUAGUAAUUUGACAACAAUAGUAUUCUAUCUAAAUAGCAGUUAAAAUAAAGUGUACGGCACGUGAACUAUUCAGUAUCUUGCUUGACAGUGCUUCUAAAUCCAUAAAUACAUUUCCAUAUUAUGCAAGUACUGUAUAUUUUCAAAAUCCGCCAUAUUUAUUUACAUUAGAACCCAAGCACAGCAAGCUUUGGCGGCUUACGUCCGUGAUUUGCACUGAUAAUAGGAGGGUAAGAUCGUCCAAUUAUUUCAUUGUUCGAAGUGAGGAAACGAUACUUCCUUAUAUGGCACAAACGUGUCCCCAACUUCCUUAUAGGUGAUCGCUAGAUAGUAUACUUCAAAAUAAUAUUUCCGUUUUUAUAACAUAGAAAGAAGUAUCCUAACGCAAAACUAAACCCUAACCUAAACCUAAACCCUAACCUAAUCCCAACUUAUUUUAAAAAUUGAUAUAAAAAGCUAGCAGCAAGAAACAGUAGUAUUUAAUUAGAUGCAUUGUUACGACAUUAAAUCUACAGUUGCAGUAAAAGUAUCUUGAUGAAUGAUGGUAGGCUUACACAAAAUCACUACCAGAAAGACUUUGAUAAAAGCUGUUUAUUUUCAGCCAGUAGAUCCAGUACAAUCUCUAAUUGGUAUCCAUGGUCGAAAUGGUGUGACCUCCAUAUGUAGCAACUCAGGGUAUAUUUAUACCACUGGAAGAGAUGGCUAUAUUAGACAAUAUAAGUUGUCUGGUGAAAACCUGGAACUCCUGGACAAGAAAAAGGUUCGAAAUAGUGCUGACGUAUUGUAUUUUCCCGCGCGUUAAUUUAUUUUCACAAAUUUGCCGUCAUAAUUAAGCUUACAUGCAAAUACUGAGUUUUUUCUUCCAUUGAAAUACGUACUAGUCACAGGUGUUAUAUAUGAACAAGCUUUCGUUGGUUGGGGUGCAACUACCUGAAAAUAUAUAAGGAGAAUUUCGACGUUUCGAGCGAAGCCCUUCAUCUGGAGUUGGGCCUUCGCUCAAAACUUCGAAAUUCUCCUUAUAUAUUUUCAGGUAGUUGAAUCCCUACCAACGAAAGCUUGUUUAUUUUAUUGCCACUACCUACACUAGCAAAGACAGUUCAAGAUAUAUGUUUGUCUUUUGCCUUUGAGAAAACUGAAAAACAGACAUAUAGAUUUAGCGAACGAUGUCAAUUCAUAAAUAAGUCAUAAUAAGUCGGGCUCGCUGUGGCUAUUUAUUGCUUUAUGAAUUGCACAUCUUCUUGAAUUAGUGUAUAAUUAUAGAACGUUUCAACGUUUAAGACCGCCUUAAUUGAUCUCAAUUGGUUAUUCACUAGCAAAUUUAGGCAGGAAGUGAGGCCAUUGAUAUCAAAUUGAUGCUACAAUAUAUUCUGCUCACCUCUGUAAGACAGAAAAUGACUGUGAAAAUCUCUUCUUCUUGCCAACAACACCACUGUAGAUUCGUAUGUGUGUGUGUGUGGUGUGGGUCGUAAUAUGGCCGCCAUUUCUUUCAUUUAUACAUAUGGUAGCAGUGAAAUGCUUAUUUAUUUUAGGUUUACAAGGGGAUGGAAUGGAUUGAUUGGGUUAAUUUUACAUCUGGUGGAGAAAUUUUAGUCCUCGGAUUUCACACGGUAGGUGAUGCUGGUCGCAAUUGCAUAAAGCUAAAAGCUUAACUAAACAAACUUUGUUUAUACUUGAUAGCUUAUCGAUGUUAGCUUUCAACUGUUCCCGAAAAAAAGUAGAGCUAAGUAACUGAUUAAACCCAGAUGAGCGCAUAGAAAAAAUCCAAAGGUCUCCCAAAGCCUUCUUCUCCCACUUCACAGUAAGGAAACACAUUUAUGCUGAUCAGCUGAUUAAUUUUCCUGGCAUGCCGAGAAUGUACUGCGUUUGAGCAAAGGUGUUAGGGUUUUCUUUUCCCACCAAAAUGUUUAUGGCCGAAAUAAGUUUGCUCAUAGUACAUGCAUGUAGCUAUAUCACAAGAAUGUUUUCAUUCAUGCUCAGGUUGAUUUCAUUAUUUGGAGUAUGACACGAAAUGAAGUUUUGUUUCGUAUACCUUGUGGAGGCGGCCAUCGCAACUGGGAUAUCUUGUAUACUACGGUAUGUGUUGUUAGUCCUACUUUCACUUGUGUGUUUGUUUAUUUGUUUGUUUGUCAUAAAAUAUUCCAACCGGAAAAGUCGUUGUACUAAUUAUAUGUCCUAUUUGGAAUUCCCGAAAUUUCUGGAAUCCUGUGUUUUCAAAUUGUUUAUGAACGGGCUUUUGCUUGGUUGGUCAUUGCAAUAAAAGGCAAUAAACUAUAGAAACAUAUUUUAAAGAACGAUUCAUAAACAGUGAUCACUUCACAAAACAUGAUCAUUUUAUAGGUUGGUAAUUACCCGAAUUGUUUUGGGAUACAAUUUGUUUUGGGACAUAUUAUAUCAGACAGCUUCCUGUUUUAGCCAAAGCAAAUGAAAAUGCAAUCUAGCUUUCUAUAUUAACAAAUCAAAUGUAAAUAUGCAUGCACUACAAACACACAGUAUAUACAAAAAAGGGGUAAAUUAAAGGGGUAUGGCAAUCAAAAUUUAGUUUAUCUCAUUUGUAAGAACUUUUGCAUUUACAUAGGAAAUUUAUUUCAGUUUCCUCAAAUGUUGUUUAGUUGAUCGAAAUCAUCAUAAAUCAGUGAGCUGUCUGCCGUCUUGGAUUAUUAUGGAUGUGAUUGUUACGUCACAAGCAUGGUCGUGCGCAAAUAUUUUAUUCAGAUAUGCAAUGGUUAUUAUGAGCCCAAAUUAAAAUUUUACGUCGGUCACUAUUUCAAAUAGCCAUUUGUCUGAGAAUCUAUACUAAAAUAUUUUAAUUUUUUAAGAAUCUAUACUAAAAUAUUCUUUGGUUGCAUAGGAGCAAGUUUAUAUAGCUAACUCAUUGAAAUGAAUAUAACGCUACCUUCAGAUAAACUGCCUAUCUUUUUCUUGAAGCCAAACCUUGACCCCCAGACACGCGUGUUAAUCUCAGACACGCGUGUUAAUUGACUGAUUGAGCGCUUUUCGCAUGCGUGAAAAGACUGGGACUGGCCUUCAAGUUUGGCUUCGAAUUUCCGGUUGGAGGUAGCGUUCCAGUUAUUCUCAUUUCAAUGGGCUAACCCUACUUUUGACGUCACCAAAACCACAUCGUUAAUGGAUGAAAAUUCAUCCAAGAUGGUGGACGGCUCAUUGUUUUCAGGAAAUAUAUUUCAAAAACUAUAAACAAGAUAUGAAAAAUCGGUACAGGGGUUUUAUAUAUAAUUUUAAAAGUUCUAUAUCAAAUGAGACAAACUUAAUUUUAAUUCCCAUAUCCCUUUAAAUACUUCAUUCUGAUUGGUGGUAUAAAAAUAUGAUUUGUUCAACAAUCUUAAAAAUUUCCUAAAAAUUCUUAAAUAUUUCUGCCACAAUAUAUUCUUUUUAACAAUUAGACAACGAAGCCGAGUUGUCUAUGAGCGAAUAGUCAACGAGGCGAAGCCGAGUUGACUAUUUGCUCAGAGACAACGAGGCUGAGUUGUCUAAUUGUUUUAGUAUAAACCACAUAAAGAAAACGGAAUUUUUCACUUGAUUUUUAUUAAAAUUUAAUCGUGUACAUAGAUCAAUAGUUUAGAUUAAAAAGGUUCGAAAAAGCGAAAAACAAACUCGGCCAAAAUCUCAACAUUUAAGCGGAAAAAAACUCUUUAAAAUGAUAGCUAAAUACAUGAAAUCGUACUUAAAACAAGUACACACUAAAGAGGUUGAGAAAGUAGGGGUAGGCUAAGUAGCUACAAACUAUUGUUGAAUUUCAACGUUUCUGCUUGGAAUAUUAACAAACAUUGUGCUGAAAAAAUCGCUUGUCACUUCCAUGUUCAAAAUUACAAGCAAAAUUGAGAAAACUUAAAAAUUUUACCUAUACAUUGUAUGUGUGAGCAGUUUCCAAGAGCCUUUGAUUGUGUGUAAUCCAGAACAAAAAUUAGGCCAUUUUGAUAAUCUUUUUCCCUUUAAAUGCAGCUUUUAAUACUUUAAAACGGCCAUUGACUCUCGCGCCUUUCGCCGCUUGUUGCUACUAGUAGGCUAUCACUAAUAGCCUACUAGUAGCGUAGCCAAUCAGAACGCACGAUAUAUGAUAGCCUACUAGUAGGUUUAUACUAAUUAACAAUAUUCACUGUUACUACUUCUGUAGACAAAUCAUGGUCUCAUAUUUACGUAUCUUAAACAAUCCACAGUACACGUGCAUACCUGGGCAGAAGCUAAGAAACAAUCACCUUCCAUCAUUCAGGUGUGUAUGUUGCCGGCAGACAAACAUUUCCGUGGCAGGGGGUUUUCCUGAGUUCUCAUUUCAAGGGUUUCAAGCAGUUUCCGACCUCGAAAUAGGCCUUUCACCAUUUUGUUUGCACCCCUUGCAAAUUUACCUAUAGGGAAUUCCAUUGUGUUUGCACCCCUUGUACUAUUGUGGUUCAUUAUGGCGUCUUUAACCUUGGAAGGGUCAGUGGCGUAACGCAACCGCUGGGGGCCCUCCGUCAAUCGGCCACUUUGGGCCCCCUUUGCUCCACUAAAAAUAGGCUCCAAAAAUUUUUCUGGCGAGUGGUGUACCACUUUUCGGUCAGUGUACCAUUUUAGGGGUCCAAAAUGUUUUCCGGACAUUGAGAUUGGGAUUAAAUUAUUCUAGUAUAUCGUUCUUUUCCUCAGUCGCGACGUACUUAAUCCGUCUCAGCUUCAGCAAUGCCCCCCCCCAAUUUCUCCACGGAUUUAGCCUUUUCCAGAGUAUGGUUUGUUUUUAAUUCAAUUCAAUUCAAUGAAUUCAAUUCCCCAGAAAUGUGCUAUCAAAUUUUUUCUGGUCAUUUUUGUCGGGGGCCCCUAGGGGCCCCCCGUCACUGGACACCCUGACACCCUCCCGUUACGCCACUGGGAAGGGUGUAUUAGCUGCAUUGCAUGGGGAGGAGCCACUUGGAUAGAAUGUAAAGGUAUUAAUGAACCUCUGCGGAUAAGAGAGCUGCGCUUUCAAAUAAACGCCGCAUUUGAGCAAGACAUUGCCAUGCUGAUUUUUUAGGAGCGAAACUAAAGCAAUGCAAUGUUAUUCAGGAAC